AUGGAGUCACACACCUUGUCAGGCAUGCUGACGGAACUCAUCUGCCCCAUCUGUAUGAACUACUUUCUAGACCCGGUCACCUUAGACUGCGGGCACAGCUUUUGCAGCCCCUGCCUGUGCCUCAGCUGGGAUUCGGCCCAGAUUCCCAAGCGCUGCCCUCACUGCAGACAAGUGUCAGAGAAGCCCGAUUUCAAAACUAGCAUCACAGUCAGCAGACUGGCUUCCGUAGCGAGAUGGGCCAGAGCUGGCUCUGUCGACAGCUCCGAGGAGCAGUUUUGUGUGCUACACAAAGCAGCAAAGAGGCUCUUCUGUGACGUUGAAAAGAAACUAUUCUGUAGGCACUGCUCUGAUUCCCCAAACCAUGUGGCUCACAGCCACAGCUUAACACAACAGGCUGCUGAGGAAUACAGGGAGGAACUUCUCAAGAGAAUGGGCUCCUUAUGGAAUAUGUCUCAAGAAAUGCAAAACAAAGUGAAGUUAGAAGCUGGGAAAGUCGAGUCAUUGGAGGAGUACAUGGCCCUUAGGAAGGUGAUGAUCAAAGCAGAAUAUCAGAAAAUUCAUCAAUUUCUCUAUGAGGAGGAGCAACUCUAUGUGAACGAAAUGGAGAGAGAAGCAAAUGAGAUCAUCCAGAAACUUCAGGAAAGCCAAGUCAGAAUGACCCAACACACAGAGAACCUGAAAGAAAUGUUUAGAGAGCAGAUGAGCAUGUGCCACAAGCCAGAUGUGGAGAUGCUCCAGGAGGUGGGAACUGUGUUGGAAAGGUCCGAAUUGGUGAGGAAUCAAAUGCCGCAACCGGUGAAUCCGGACCUCACUUCCAGGUGCUGCACUGGGCUCCUGGACUUGUUGAAUAGAUUCAGAGUGGCUGAUGUUCUGAGUCAUGGAACCAUCAGUCUCUGCAUGAACCUUUCUGAGGACAUAAGGAAUAUGCUGUUUGGAAAUAAUCGUCCCAACAUGCCCAGGGAGCCCCAGAAAGUGCGGAGUUUUGCGACAUGGGGAACCCAUACUUUCACCUCUGGUAAACAUUACUGGGAGGCAGAGGUGCCACGCGACUUGAGUUGGGUUCUCGGAGUCUGUAAAGAUAUUAUCAUGAGAGAAACCGAUUUCGUUAUUGAUUUUGAGGAAGCUUCUUUUCUAUUUUCAUUGAAGCUGAAUGAUCAUUAUUAUCUCUCCACUAACCGCCCACUCUUAGUUCAUCAUGUGAAAAUGCCUGUGGGUAAGAUUGGAGUGUUUCUGGAUUAUGACAAAGGAAUUGUGAGCUUCCAUGAUGCUAGCAAUGGCUCCCUCUUAUGUAGCUUAGCUUCUUCCUCCUUCUCUUACCCUCUGAAGCCUUUCCUUUGCUUUGAAGCUCCAUAA